GCUAUACGACUCACCUUUACCAGUUUGUGAGUCUACAGAACAACUACAUUUCUAUGAAUUUGCACAAUUCACUAUGAGUGAAGUUAGAAGACGAAAGAUCGGAGCUCAAAAUAAUAAUCACAAAAAAGAAAAUGUUGAAUCAGAUAGCACCAAAAUCAACAAGGCAGGACAUGGUAGMUACAUAAAUCUCCUAGCUGUACUUGAAGUUGUGUUUGGUCUGCUGAUCGCGGUUGCUGUAGGCUACAAAUAUGCUCUGUACAUUAAAGAAUUGCACGAGAACGAUAUGUGGUUCUCCAAUAUCGGGCAAAUAAAACGUGAAAUAUCAUUUCGUACAGAGUCUGGCUUGUAUUUUUCAUAUUACAAGCAACUGGUAUUGGCACCAACAAUAUCGCAAGGGCUUUAUGAUCUUACCCAUGAUAAUGCCACAGAACAUCUAAGAACUAUUAAUAUUUUGGAACGAUUUAAUGUUUACCAAGAGGUUAUUCUGGCUGUACUAUACAGAAUCUUACCUUUUCAGGAUACUUAUGAAUAUGUUUAUUUUUACAUUGACACCAUAUUUGGUCUUCAUGGAUUAUACAUGGUUGCUUUGUUUGUAUCGUCAUGGAUACUGAGUGGUUCAUUCUUAGCUGGUCUCCUAGCAACAUGCUUUUUUAUCUUUAACAGGCAUGACACAACCAGGAUUUCCUUCACCAUGCCACUCCGUGAAAGCUUUGGCUUUCCAUUCUUAUUUUCCCAAAUUGCAUUCAUAACUUAUUACCUGAAAAGAGAUAUCUCAAAAACAGCCGAGGUGAUAUGCAUUUUCUUCAUAUUCUGCUGCACGUUUUUCUUCACGCUUGUCUGGCAAUUUGCGCAGUUUAUCUUGUUGCUGCAGAGCAUGACCUUCUUUGGAGUUUAUGCACUGGGCUUUGCUCCAAAAACAAAGGUUGGUAUAUUGUUCCUAUAUACAGUACACUGUUAUCAUCACCAUACAAUUAUUGUCAUAAUAUUUUGUCAUCAUCAUGUUGUCAUGCGGGUGGAGUCCGAUGAACACAUUUUCAAGUUCGUAAAAGCCAAGUUAGGUUUUGACAUCGGAAGGGAUUUCGAUGGAUUGCUGUAUCUUUGCGAAGCUGCUUUUCAAAUGUUGCCCUUGGAUACGUACCCUAGACUCACUAAAGGCGUUGUCUUUCCUUGUUACAUCAUAUCUCUGGUUAUUGUGCUGCAAAUUCUGGCCUAUACUGUUUUCUCUAACUGGAGCAAAAAUGAUGACGACAAAGAUAAAAUUACGAAAGCCCCAAAGUCCGCCCUCCCCUCCCUGGAUCUGAAUGAUCAGCCAGAAUUGGUCUACAACACUAUCCAGACUGUUCUCUUUGGUAUCAUGGCCGUAUCGACUCUACGCUUCAAGUUUCUGUGGACACCACACAUGUGUAUGUAUGCGGCUGGCGUGUUCUGUCAUCAAGGAUUCUGGAGAUUCCUCAUGAGCAAGAUUGGUAUUAAACCAGCUAUUAAUAAAGUACUGAGUCACUCCGUACCUGCAAUCUUGAUAGCCUUACUGCUCAGCCUGCGACUACCCAAAGCUCUUCAGGAGCUCGCAGAACUGAAGGAGUUCCACGAUCCCGAUACAGUACAGCUGAUGAACUGGAUAAGAGCUGAAACACCCCCUGGUUCAUCAUUUACUGGCAGCAUGCAGCUUCUGGCUGCUGUGAAGCUGUGUACGGACAGACACAUCACCAACCAUCCUCAUUAUGAGAACAAGUUCCUCAGGGAGAGAACAAAACAGGUUUAUCAAGUUUACGCACGCAGAAAACCACAGGAAGCCCACUCAAUACUGAAGAAACACGGCGCCGACUACGUCAUAUUGGAAAACAGCAUAUGCUUCUCCCGUCAGCCUUCAGGCUGCAAACUCAAAGAUAUUUUAGACAUGGAUAAUGGUCACGUGAUUGAAGGUGGCCAACCAGAGCCAGGCUUGACAUUUACUAACGUUCCUCGUUUUUGUGAAGCCAUAAAAUACGAUCAAAAGAAUUUUGCUCGAUACUUUAGGAAGGUUUUUGAGAACCGAACUUUCUAUUUGUAUAAAGUGUUAUGACGGCUGUUGUAAACGUCUGCGGCCUGUAUAUUAGCUAGCCAUACUAGUUUUGGUGCGUAGUGGGUUUCUAUAUUUUAGAGAAUAGCAAAAUGCUCAGUAAUGUAAAGAAAACAUGAAAACGUUUGCGCAACACGAAGAGAGUAAUAAGUAAGGCAGUAAUAAACGUAUAAUAAUAGUUUCACUGGGUGCUUGACUCUUAAUCGCCCUUUCUUCCUGUCUAAACUUUCUUCCAAAAAUUGUAAUUUCUAUUUGGUUCUUGGUGAGACACCCUCCCUCAACCUCUAGUUUGUUAGAAUUAUAACUAUAAAUAAAUAUAAUUUGCAGAACA